GCUCUUCAGAUCAUUCAUUGUCUAGUUUUGGAUUAUUUACCAGACGAUGUUCAAAGAUUGAGGGACAAAGGUGUCAAGUUUGAUGCGCUCGAUGCCAAAGUAUAUUUUGCUUUAGAAAACAAUUUCAUAACAAGCAGCAAACCACAUUGCAGUUUUCUCUAUUCGUGCUUUAUGGGCAUCCAUUAUUCUGACACUGUAUCGUUUAUUACAUUCAAGGAAGGUCAGCUGAAACUUGCUGAUUUUGGUAAUGCUGUACACUGUGGCACAGUAGGCUCAACAUCCUAUCAGGUGACAAGAUAUUAUCGCCCACCGGAGCUUCUUUUCGGAAGUACCGUAUUAACUCCAGCCAUAGGUCAUGUUUGGUCUGCUGCAUGCGUAACAUAUGAUUUUAUAACCGCUAGGCCGCUGUUCAAGGGUAGAAGUUCUGAGGAUCAGGUUAAAAUUAUUGUCGAUGUGUUUGGAUAUCCAAGUUACGAAGAAGUGAAAGCAAUGCAAUGUAGCAGACCGCGAGUUCAUAGAUGCUCAGCUAGAGGACUUGCUAAAUUUGUUGGUGCAGGGUUUAAUGAGAAAGCUCUCGCGCUACUACAAGAUGUGCUCGUGUACGAUCCUGCAAAGCGAAAAACUGCUGCCCAAGUCAUGAGACAUGACUACUUUGAUGACCUAAGAAAGAUACCAGCUCCAAUACGAAGCAAUAAUAAACCUAUUCCACAACUGGAAAUGGAAAAAUGGCGAGGGAAAUCCCUUGAAUGUGAUGAAGAAGAAGAACCUUCAUAA